UUGAAAUUGACCCAGGCUCCUAGCUGCUGGUACCCAGGCUGACCAGACCAUGGAUGGACUCCUGCUAGGAGCCGGGAUGCUCCUGGGCUCCUACGUCCUCAUCUACUAUAACUUCAUCAAAGCCGUGCCCUGUAUGAGCCCCAUCAGCCUAAAGGGAAAGACGGUCGUGGUCACAGGUGGCAACACCGGCAUCGGGAAGAUGACAGCCUUGGAGCUGGCCCAGCGUGGGGCCCGGGUGGUGUUGGCUUGCCGAAGCAAGGAAAAGGGGGAGGCUGCUGUCUAUGACAUCCGAAAGGAGAGUGGGAACAACGAAGUCAUCUUCAUGAUGCUGGAUCUGUCCAGCCUAGCUUCUGUGCAUUCCUUUGCCACUGCCUUCCUGAGCUCAGAGCCAAGACUGGACCUCCUCAUCCACAAUGCAGGGAUCAGUUCCUGUGGCAAAGCUAAGGAAGCCUUUAAUCUGAUCCUUCGGGUAAAUCAUGUGGGUCCUUUCCUGUUGACCCAUCUGCUGCUUCCCCGGCUGAAGGCCAAUGCCCCAAGCCGUGUGGUGGUAAUGGCAUCAGCAGCCCACCGCCGUGGGCGCCUGGACUUCUCCCGCCUGGAUCGUCCAGUCUGUGGCUGGCAACAAGAGUUACGGGCAUAUGCGGACAGCAAGCUGGCCAACGUGCUGUUCACUCGAGAGCUUGCCACUCAGCUUGAAGGCACUGGAGUCACCUGCUAUGCAGCCCACCCAGGUCCUGUGAACUCAGAGUUGUUUCUCCGCCAUGUGCCAGCCUGGCUGCACUUGUUGUUAUCCCCCCUGGCCUGGCUGGUGCUGAGGACUCCACGGGGUGGAGCACAGACACCCCUACACUGUGCCCUACAGGAAGGCAUCGAGCCGCUCAGUGGUCGAUACUUUGCCAACUGCCACGUCGAAGAGGUUGCCACCUCAGCCCGUGAUGACCGGACUGCUCGUCGGCUGUGGGAGGCCAGUGAGAAACUGGCCAGACUGACUAAGGAGGGAACCCAAAACACCAGCCCACAGCCAGGGUCCCCACGUAGGCCUUCGGCCCAAGUCACCACAGACCCAGCGCUCUCUAGGUUCCAAAACUAGAUUCCAUUGCCCCCUGAGGAGCAGAGCACACUGUGUCUGCGUCGCUGUGGGUUGGGGGGCUGAGAGCCAGAAUCAUUUAGCUCCACUAAGGGGCUGCUAGGUCUGCAGCAGCAGCAAUAAAAGGCUGUUAAGCUUCCCUCAUCUGUAAAAGGAGACAGGUUGGAUGAGAGGACCUUGAUGGUCCCUUCCAGAUCCAAGUCUGGAUCAUCUACCAACACAGCUUACAGCGCCUCUGCAAGCUGGCUGAUUAUCCUUGAGAACAACUCAUGGCCCCUGAGUCCCCCCAGCACACACACAUACAUACACAAACACGAACAUACACACACACACAUACACAUACACAUGCAGAAACACAAAUAUGCAUACAUACACACACACUCACACAUAAACAUUCACAUACACUCACACAGACACACACAAUCACCUGGCAGCCAGCCUAGAGAUGACUCCCAUUGAACUGGUCUAGUGUAACCCCCACUCCCCUUCUGUCUUCAGGAGGCCCUCAGAGCCUUUUCAGAUUUUUCAGACUCUACUUUUUGUUAAGGGGGCAGAACUUUAGUGGAGGAUGCCAGAAAGGAGGGUGGCAAUUAGGUGUUUAUUAUACUUCAGGGCCUUGGGAGGAGGUGGAGGGGAGGAGGGGAGAAGAUAGAAAAUUAUUAUUAACCCCUCUGGGGGUGGAGGUAAGGAAAGAUGAUAAUUGUCCCCUAGAGGCUUUGGAGGUAAAGAUAAUUGUUGUCCCCUAGAGGCUCUGGGGAUGGAGGUAACAUAAGGCGAUCAUUGUCCCCUAGAGGCCCUGGGGAUAGAAGUGACUGGAGGUAGUCAUUGUCCCCCAGUGGCCCUGGGGACGGAGGUGAUGAGAAGUGGUCAUUUUUCCCCCAAGGCCCUGGACAUGGAGGUGAUGAGAGGUGGUCAUUGUCCCCCCAAAGGCCCUGGGGAUGGAGGUGAUGAGAGGUGGUCAUUGUCCCCCAGUGGCCCUGGACAUGGAGGUGAUGAGAGGUGGUCAUUGUCCCCCCAAAGGCCCUGGGGAUGGAGGUGAUGAGAGGUGGUCAUUGUCCCCCCAAAGGCCCUGGGGAUGGAGGUGAUGAGAGGUGGUCAUUGUCCCCCCCCAAAGGCCCUGGGGAUGGAGGUGAUGAGAGGUGGUUGUUGUCCCCCCAAAGGCCCUGGGGAUGGAGGUAAUGAGAGGUGGUCAUUUUUCCCCCAAAGGCCCUGGACAUGGAGGUGAUGAGAGGUGGUCAUUGUCCCCCCCAAAGGCCCUGGGGAUGGAGGUGAUGAGAGGUGGUCAGUGGCCCUGGGGAUGGAGGUGAUAAGAGGUGGUCAUUUUUCCCCCAAAGGCCCUGGACAUGGAGGUGAUGAGAGGUGGUCAUUGUCCCCCCCCAAAGGCCCUAGGGAUGGAGGUGAGUGAUUUUUAUGCCCUCCCCUCUUGGAGAAGGAGGAGAGGAGUGACUUCUAUCUCCUGGGAAGGAGGAGGAGAGUGGAGUGCGCGAGCCAAGGUGGUGAUUAACGCCACCUGCUGCCAAUUAACCCCAGGGUGACCUCUUGCAGAAGAGGAGGGCGGGCAAAGGAAGGGUUUCUGGUUUUGCGGAACCAAUAAAGACUGGAUUUGCCCCA